CUAGUUUACACGCAGUAGGAAAGAGAGGAACUCGAAUGAUGGCUGCUCCAAAAGGAAAAGGUUUUAUGGCUCAUGGACCAAAUACCAUCGAUCAGAAGUUUGCUGAAAGACUAUUUAAACAUAGUCGUGAAAGAGUUCCAGAGUAUUCACGCCUUCAUCCAGUUGUUCCACGUUUGUACACACAAGAAUGGAAGACUGACAUGAAAAAUAGGGAUCUUAUUGUCAAGAAUGCAGAGCUAGGUGGUAUUCCUCACUAUGAACAUGAUGACAACCUCUUUUUGGACAAGCGGGAACAAAUGCAUUACAAUGUGGAGGAUCGUACUAGGGUUGAAUCCAAGUAUCCCCAUAUGGACAGAGCCACUCUUCUACGGCCAAAUUUCCAUCACGAGACCUCAAAAUACCAGAGUGAACUUAUGUUCCGCAGAGAUGAAGAUUAUGUUGAAACCUCUUAAAAUGGUCUGCCAGUUCACGAUAUUGUUCGACUUUUAAUUGUAUACACAUUUACUGAAAGUCACUUAUGUUAUAUGAAUCAAUUUUGUUUUAACUGUAAAUAUUUGAUCCAUUAUGAAGAAUUUUUUUUUUAAUUAGAAAUUUUAUUACCAAUGCUGGGUUUUGGUGCUUGUCUAGUCUUAGAUCCUACACAGCAACACAACAAUUGUGAAUCUGUUGUAGAUUUAUAACAAUCAGUUUAGAGUAUUAAACUAACAGUAGGGUAACUGUAAAAAAUAAUAUGGUUUAAAUCAUGUCUGCUUGAUAUCAGUUAGUGUUUAGAUUAUGAUGGUACAUUACACAAGUUGAUGUCUCACAUUUCAGUAUUAGUUGUUAUCAUUUUUUUUUUUAAAUGACACAAAUAGUAGCCUAUAUCAGUAUUCCAUUGUUAUUUGAAGUGCUCAAUGUAAUUAUAUAUUUUUCAAUAAUUUUUAAGAAAUUCGAAAAUACUUUAAAUAUUUUUGUUAAAUAAAAAAUAUUCCAACUAACUGUUAAUUUGUAACUACAUGUAGAACAUUUAUGUUUGUUUUGCUGUGAUAUUGUUUAACAUAUAUAUGUUUACACAUUUUUAAGUUCAGUAUUACUGUUUUAAUUUAUACAGAGCUUCUAUUUUUAUUGCAGUGUUAUUGUCAAACUAAUUUUAAGUUUACACCUUCACUGGUGUCUAAUGUUUUUAGAGACAAAAAUUCUUCUACUUGUGUUUAACAUACUGUCUGUUUGGAACAUACUAUUUUCUUGGCUUUAAAGACAGAAAUUUGUUGAUUUGUAAAAGAGAAAAUUAUUUUACUGAUCUGUUACCUUUUUAAAACUUUUAAGAAAAUUCAAUAUGGUAAAAAAGGUAUGUGUUUGUUUAUACAAGUCAAGAUAACAAACAGGCAUCUCACAAACUGUCUUUCAAUUUUUGGAUUUUGGGUUUUAUAGAUUCUUUUUCCUUUCAUUUUGACUGGUUUAAUUCUUCUUUUGAUAUGAAUGUUUUUAUCCUUUUCUUAGACAUGUUCAUUUGUUGCGUCAUCUCUCAUGUACGAGUGCUUAGUGACAAUAAAUGUUCAGGCACAAGAAA